AUGGCGGCUGCUACAGUGUGGCGCUUGCUGGGAGGUGGAGGAUACAGGGGCCGUGGCUAUGCUAAAAAUGUGAGAAGCUUUUCCUUCCACUCGUCGCCGUCGUUUCCUUCUCGAGCGUCCGAGUUAUCUUCCGGGGGUUCGACGCUGCUAGCCGAGAAAGGUCCUUUUGCGUGCAAGCUGAGCAGCCGAGCGGUCAUUGGAUUUGAAGGAGAGGAUGUUAUCAAGUUCCUCCAGGGCUUGACGACGAACAACAUGAACAAGCUCGAGCAGGAUUCUCCGACGAGGCUACCGCAUCCCACUCUCAACCAGCCAGCGGUGGUGCAGCCUCCUCUCUACACGGCCAUCUUGAAUCCACAGGGAAGGUUUCUGUUUGACAUGGUGGUUUUUAAGCCGGUGCAAUCCACGGAGAAGUUGGACAGAUCGGGAACGGGCCCCGGGAGCGAGAAGUCGGCUCCAAAGCUGGUAGCGGACGUUGAUGCGGAGAGUGUCAGCGAUUUGCACAAACUGCGUGCAAAAAUUUCUUUCUCGGACAUGUCAAAAGAGCUUGCAGUCUGGCAGAGGUUUGGAGGUGCUCUGGAGUGCGAAGGUGACAACGAGGGCUCUGUAGGGUGGGGUGCUGGGCGUGAUGUUGCUGGGAAUACUUCUGCCUCUAGCAAUGUCCAAGGCUGGCGUUGGCAUAAAGAUCCCAGGACAGGAUGUCUCGGCUUCCGAGCUCCAUUGAUUGAUGCCGAUCAAGAGGUUGACGAGCAGUAUUAUCUGUUGUGGAGGUUGGAACAAGGAAUUCCAGAGGGACCGGCAGAAAUUCGUGGAGAAAUCGGUGAGGCAGUGAGUCAUGGUGCUGAAAUCGUCGACGCAGAAUCGUCCAAGAAGAUGGGCACUGUAACAACGGCACUUGGCUCCCGGGGAUUCGCUCUUGUGAGACUGGAAGCGGUUUCCAAACCGCUAAGCAUCGGUGGCGGGAUGGCAAGCAUACAGGUGAAGGUCUUACGACCCAAGUGGUGGCUGCAUCAAUGGGACUGA